ACUAUUGUAAUUUUUGCUUGGAUUGGAGAAGUUAGGGCGCAUUGACGUUUAAGAUAAUUCGAAAUAGUUCGGUCCCUGCUGUUUGCAUAAGAAUCGAUGUGUUAGAGGUUGGAGAAUUAACAAUAAUCUACAAGAUUUAGGAGAAAUAGAAAAAAGGAAAGAAUAGAGAAAAAUUUAAGUGUACGCAUUCUAUGACGUUGAUGUGAAUCCUUGCAAUCGACGUUUUUCUUAGUUCGGUUCUUAGCUCGUAGUUCGGUUAAUGACAUAUUUGUUUCUUACGUCUCUUGCCGAUUUCAUAAUCCCACAAUCGUCCAUUGCAAAGUAUUUUUUCUGCAUAUAUGAUUGCAACCGAAAGCACGAGUCCGAAGAAUAUUCCGGACACGGUGUUAUCACGUCUCUCCCUCUUUCUGUAAUACAUUAACAUGUCUGCUCUUCAAAAGUCAAUUUUAAAAUCCAGAUUACCACCGUCAGCCGUCAAUUUUUCGGCAUUGAAUUCCAGAUUUAGUAAAUCAAAGGGAACCCAGCGAAAGAGAGAUUAUGAACCGAUACAGUGGUAUCCAUAUUUUGAUCAUUCCAAGGAUGUGAUCAUAGGACAGAAUACUUUCCACAUUUAUAUCAAAGGCACUGAAGGGCCACUAUUGGUUUUAUUACAUGGUGGUGGUUAUAGUGGUUUAACAUGGGCUGAACUUACAAAAUCAAUUAUGACAAUGGUAUUAUGUAGAAUCAUGGCUAUUGAUCUUAGAGGUCAUGGGGAUACUCAUACUACAGAUGACGAAGAUUUGUCUGCAGAUACUUUAGCAUCGGAUGUUGCAGCUGUUGUAGAUAUAAUUGCACAUGAUACUCCAAUAAUUCUUGUUGGUCACAGUAUGGGUGGUGCGGUAGCAGUAAAAGCAGCUUCACUAAUUCCAAAUUUAUAUGGAUUAGGCGUUAUAGAUGUAGUAGAGGGUACAGCAAUGGAUGCAUUAGCCUCUAUGCAAAGUUUUUUGAGAUCCCGGCCAUCUAGUUUUAGUACUAUAUCUCAAGCUAUAGAGUGGUGCGUUCGUAGCGGACAAAUUCGGAAUGUACAGUCAGCAAAAGUUUCGGUUCCUGGACAGAUAAAGAACAUUGAAACUAGCAAAUUAGCAACUCAUGAUAUUGAUUCAUUGUCAACCCAACACAAGUCUGAAUCUAAUCCAGAACCAAUUAUACCGCGAGAUGAUAUUAUUCAAGAAGAAGAAUCAUCCAGUAUGCCACCACCCGCGUCUUCUGCUGCCACUGCUAAUAGAAAGUAUGUUUGGAGAAUAGAUUUGGCAAAAACAGAACAGCAUUGGUUUGGAUGGUUUAAAGGAUUAUCCACAGCAUUUUUGAAUAUUCCUGUACCAAAAAUGUUAUUAUUAGCAGGAGUCGAUAGAUUAGAUCGCGAACUCACUGUAGGACAAAUGCAAGGUAAAUUCCAAAUGCAAGUAUUACCUGCUUGUGGACACGCUGUUCACGAAGAUGUCCCAGAUAAAGUAGCGGAAGCUAUUGCUACAUUUAUGGUCAGAAACAAAUUUGCAGAGCCAGCAUCGGAUUUUCCACGGACUUUUCCAGCUUGUUAAGAAGAGAAUUAAAUAAUUGUAAAGUAUGGAAUAAUGAAAUAUGAAGUUUUCUUUUAAUUAGUUAAUACAAUAAUUUCAAGUAAUUAUUACUACAAAAUAUCAAAAUAUACAUGUGUAAAUAAAGACAUUUACCUUAAUGAGCAAAAUAAAUUUCCUUAUGUAUAU